GGCGACACCAUGCGGUCACAGUCUUGGACAGGACGCCGGUGUAGAAGGACCUUAAAAUGAAGCUGUUUUGCAUACUCGCCGUUGUGCUGGCGAUAGCCUGUGCCGAAGAAUCCGAAACGAAUAAGGGAAUAGAAGACCAAGAAGCUCUAGCUUCUGUAGAGCUUCUAAAAACAUCACAGGAAACUCUACAAGAAGCUGCAAGCAGCUACAACUAUAACCAGAACUCAUGGGAUAACGCCAAAUACUACAAGCCUCCACAGAACAAUAAUUACUAUGUUCCCCCUUCGAACAAUUAUGUUCCCCCUUCGAACAACUACGUUCCUCCUUCUAACAACUAUGUUCCUCCCUCUAACAACUAUGUUCCCCCCUCUAACAACUAUGUUCCUCCCUCUAACAACUAUGUUCCCCCUUCUAACAACUAUGUUCCCCCCUCUAACAACUACUACCCCUCUCACAACUACCCUUCAAGCACAUGGGCUCCUACAUACGCGCCGUCGAGCACAACUACACCAAUUCCAGUGAUCAAGAACGAACAGUCUUAUGGUGACAAUGGCAGUUACAAAUAUGAAUACGAGAUCGCAGACGGAACCCACGUUGGCGAAGAGGGAUACUUCACCAACCCCAACACAGACGACGAGAGCCUGGUCAAGAAGGGCUGGUACUCGUACCCUGGUCCCGAUGGCAAGGUCUACACCGUGACUUAUUGGGCCGACCACACCGGCUUCCACGCGACUGGCGACCACCUGCCCACUCCACCACCGAUCCCGCCCGCGAUCCAGGCUGCCAUCGAACAGAACGCCAAGGAAGAAGCAGCGAAGGCCGAAGCUGAAAAGAACAAGCCCCAGACUGGCUACUACCCGACGCAAAAGCCAACUUACUACCCCAAUCAGCCAACUUACUAUCCAAAUCAGCCAAGUUAUUAUCCAAAUCAGCCUACUUACUAUCCAUCCCAGCCAUCUUACAACCCCCAACAAAACUACCCGGGUUACGGUAAAUAACUUGUUUAAUUAGUUAUUUACAUUGUAAAUUAUUGAGAUUUACACGAGAGUUUAAGAUCUUGAAGUAUUAAUCUAUGAUAGGUAUACGAAUGCAUUACCUCCUUACGAUAGUAGUUGUAUAAUAUACAGUCAUUUUUUUCACGAUGAGCUAUUGUGAAUAUGAUGACUGUUAGAUGAGUAUGGUUGUGAUACUGAUUUAAGGAUGUUCAAAGC